AUGGGAUCAGGCGCUGACGGCAGCCAUUUCAGUGAGCGCUUUACCCACGUCAAAGAUACCCGCAGUGUUGACGUCAACCAAAUAGACACCCACUUCAAAGAUACCCACAUUGUUGACGCCAAUCAAACAGACACCCACUUCAAAGAUACCCACAGUGUUGACGCCAAUCAAAUAGACACCCACUUCAAAGAUACCCACAUUGUUGACGCCAAUCAAACAGACACCAACUUCAAAGAUACCCACAGUGUUGACGCCAAUCAAACAGACACCCACUUCAAAGAUACCCACAGUGUUGACGCCAAUCAAACAGACACCCACGUCAAAGAUACCCACAGUGUUGACGCCAAUCAAACAGACACCCACUUCAAAGAUACCCUCAGUGUUGACGCCAAUCAAAUAGACACCCACUUCAAAGAUACCCUCAGUGUUGACGCCUAUUAA